AUGGAGCAAGGUGCAGUGAAUGAUGGAUGGCUAGAUAGGAAUGAAUAUCCUAAAAAAAGAAAAAGGAAGACAUUACACCCUUCUCAUUACUCAGAUUCCUCUGGAAUAAGCAGGUUUGCAGAUUGAUUCAAUGGAAUUUUUUCUGAUCAUUGUUAUAGUGUUUGUUCUAUGAGACAACCAGACUUAAAAUAUUUUGACAACAAAGAUGAUGAUUCUGAUACAGAAACAUCAAAUGACUUGCCAAAAUUUACAGAUGGGAUCAAGGCCAGAAGUAGAAAUCAGAACUACCUGGUUCCCAACCCUGUACUUAGAAUUCUAGACCACACUGCCUUUUCUACAGAAAAAUCUGCUGAUAUUGAAAUUUGUGAUGAAGAAUGUGACUUACCUGAGUCAGCCAACCAACAAGCUCAAGAGGAGAGUCCUAUAGAAGUUCACACUGCUGAAGAUGUUCCAAUUGCUGCAGAAGUGCAUGCAAUUUCUAAAGAUUAUGAUCUAGAGACCGAAAACAAUUCCUUGGAGAGUCUCCAAGACCAAACUGAUGAAGAGCCACCAGCUAAACUUUGCAAAAUUCUAGAUAAGAGCCAGGCUUUGAAUGUGACUGCCCAACAAAAAUGGCCUUUACUGAGAGCUAAUAGCAGUGGCCUCUAUAAGUGUGAACUUUGUGAGUUCAACAGCAAAUAUUUUUCUGAUUUAAAGCAGCAUAUGAUCCUGAAGCAUAAGCGUACUGAUUCAAAUGUGUGUCGAGUAUGCGAGGAGAGUUUCUCUACCAACAUGCUUUUGAUCAAACAUGCCAAACUGCAUGAAGAGGAUCCCUACAUUUGUAAAUACUGUGAUUAUAAAACAGUAAUUUUUGAGAACCUCAGCCAGCACAUUGCAGACACCCAUUUUAGUGACCACCUCUACUGGUGUGAGCAGUGUGAUGUACAGUUCUCAUCAAGCAGUGAACUCUACCUACAUUUCCAGGAGCUCAGCUGUGAUGAACAGUACUUGUGUCAGUUUUGUGAACAUGAAAUGAAUGAUCCAGAAGACUUGCAUAGCCAUGUGGUAAAUGAACAGGCAUGUAAAUUAAUUGAGUUAAGUGAUAAGUAUAACAAUAGAGCACAUGGACAGUACAGCCUGCUAAGCAAAAUUACCUUUGACAAAUGUAAAAACUUCUUUGUAUGUCAAGUAUGUGGUUUUCGGAGUAGACUUCAUACAAAUGUUAACAGGUAUGUUGCUAUUGAACAUACUAAAAUUUUUCCUGGGAUCCCUGGUGGAGAUCUUGCCUGUGUGCAUGGGCAAGCAUUGAGACUGGCUUAG